AUGGCUAAUUAUGACACUCGCCGAGCCACCGACGCCCUUAAACCCUCGUCCAAGAGGAAAAAAGAUUCUUCUGGUAAGGAUUCCGGCGAUAAGCGCCACAAGACACACGACAAAUCGCCGGAAAAACCAACCUCUGAUGCCAAGAAAAGCCCUUUCACGCGACUUUUCUCGGAGGAAGACGAGAUCCAUAUCCUGACUGACUUCCAUGACAUCACCAAAGCGGUUAAAACCUCCGAGACUACGGCAGCCUCCGCUGCGAAGCUCUUCGAUCGCAUUAAGAACUCCCUCAGUAAUGAAGUCAGCCAGAUUCAACUGCUCGCUAAGCUCCGUAAACUUCUCACGUCCGGGACCUUUUCGAGCUGUCGCAAGAUCUGGGACGAGGAACCGGCAAAGGAGAAGACGCAUUCGGACGGUUCUGUCGAGAAGGAGUCACCAAAUGUUGUUACUCUUUGGGCAAGGUCUAAAACCCUAAACAGAAAGAAGGAAAAACCGAUAUCCGGAAAUCAAGAGGAGAGUCAAAAGCCCCGAAACCAUACCUGGCCGACUGAAAAUGGAGAAACAGAUGUGGAUGAUGAGUCGCUUGAAAAUGGAGAAACAGAUGUGGAUGAUGAAUCGACUGAAAAUGGAGAAACAGGGAUGGAUGAUGAGUCGACUGAAAAUGGAGAAACCUCCGCGGACGAUGGGCCAAUUGAAAAUGGAGACACGGACGUGAAUGAUGAGUUCACCAAAAAUGGAGAAAACAACUCCGCGGACGAUAGGCCGGCUGAAAACGGGGAAGCCACUUCUUCUGUAAAUAUGCAGACGGUCGUCAGGCCAGCUGAAAACGGAGAAACCGUUUCUUCUGUAAAUUUGGAGAAACUCACGUAUUUGAUGCCCCGGUAUUUGGACGAGUCACUUCUGAGGCAUUUCAACGAAAAAUGGCGGUUGCAACAGAUUGCUGAAACUGAGGUUCGUGCUAAGCGGUUUAAGUUGAUUCAUGUUCACAUCAGGCUGAUUUUGAUGGCCAUUCUCUCUUCGCCGCCUGAGGCAUAA